UGUAGUUUCUUUUUCGGAGCGAAGGAAAUCCAGUUUACUCCAGUUGACAUGAAUUGGUGCGAACUCCAUGGCUAUGGCUUUCACCGAUUGCUUUAUCCGCCUAUAAAAAUGGCUUCCCUUUCAUUUCCAUAAACCAUCUCAAUCAUCCUUUCCAUCUUCGACCACAAAAACUAGAAAGGAAGAUCAUCCAUAUCGUUUGAACAUGGGGAAGUCAUUCAUUUUGGUGGCUUUCCUACUCAUACUCGUCUCUAUCGGAGCAACCACGGUUGGAGCUGAUGACAAAAAGCCCGACGACACUAAGAAGACUCCGGCUGCACCGGCACCCGCCCCUAAGUACCAGAAACCAGCGCCGGCCCCCACCCCCAAGGAGGAGAAACCUAAGCCGGCUCCGGCCCCCAAGGAGGAGAAGCCAAAACCAGCACCGGCUCCCAAGGAGGAGAAACCAAAGCCUUCUCCUGUCGACGACGAUACCACGAACUACGACGAUGAGACACCAGACCCAAAAACAGGAAGCGAACGGGCUAAGUGUAAAUCGAAAGGGGCUUGUAAUAAGAAGACACUAACUUGUCCGGCAGAGUGCCCGGAGAGGAAGCCCAAAAAGAACAAGAAGAACAAAGGUUGCUUCAUCCAUUGUGGUAGCAAGUGUGAAGCUACUUGCAAAUGGAGGAGGCCACAAUGUAACGGAUAUGGCUCUCUAUGUUACGAUCCCAGGUUCGUCGGAGGUGAUGGAGUAAUGUUCUACUUCCAUGGCGGAAAAGGACGUGAUUUCGCUCUCGUCUCCGACACCAACCUCCAAAUCAACGCCCACUUCAUCGGAAACCGCCCAAAUGGCCGGAAACGUGACUACACAUGGGUCCAGUCCAUCUCUAUCAUGUUCGACACCGACAUCCUCGUUCUCUCAGCCAAGAAAGUUCAACAAUGGGACGACUCCGUCGACGUGCUUCUCGUAAAAUGGAACGGUCAACAAGUCAACGUCCCCUUCACCGGAGACGCAGAAUGGAAAACCAACACCGGAGUAAGAGAAGUGUCGGUGGAAAGAACCGACGACACCAACACUGUUAGAGUUACAGUCGGCGGACUGGUUGAAAUCGACAUGAAAGCUGUUCCUGUGACUAAAGAAGACGAAAAAGCUCACAACUACCAGUUACCAUCAAAUGACGCUUUUGCCCAUUUCGAGACACAAUUCAGAUUCUCAAAUCUCUCAGACAACGUCGAGGGUAUUUUGGGAAAAACCUACAGACCAGGGUAUGUUAGCCCGGUGAAGAGAGGGAUCGCAAUGCCAUUAAUGGGUGGAGAAGACAAAUACGAAACUCCAUCUUUAACUUCACCUCGUUGCAAACUCUGCAUAUUUCAGUCAAAUUACGAGUCUGCCCCUCCUGCUACCGGUUUAUUUCAAUACUAAAUUACAAAUCAAUUAUUGUAAUUUCUUGAAAUUUGUCAAAUAAAGGUCAUAAAAUUAUGGCUCUUGAAUUUCUUUAUUACCCAAAUAAAAUGGUUUU